AUGGGCGUCCGCGAUUCUGGCGAGGCGACUGGGACGCCCGAUCCCGUCGAGAAAGGGUUCGCCACCCUCAACACCAUCCGGAUCGGCGUAAAGGCCAUGGUGCAAAAGGACGGAGAGCUGCGGAAGGCCGAGAUUUUGUCAAUUCGGCAGCGCAAAGACGGACCGUCAUUUUACGUGCACUAUGUCGACUUCAACAAGCGUCUGGAUGAAUGGGUCAACUCGGCGCGAAUCGACCUCUCCCAAGAGGUCGAAUGGCCUCAGCCCGAAAAGGCAGAGAAGAAGAAAGCCGCCGCCAACAAGGCCGUGCCCAGCAAGAACAUCAAAAAUCAGCGCGUUCGGGCAGACAGCCGCGAUGUAUCAGGAACGCCCGAUGCACUGGGUGGCAAGAACCUGAACGUCGGCAAAGCGCCACGACCCUCUAAAGCCGGAGGCAAAGAGAAUCGCGACGCCGAGACACCUGGCGGCGACACCUCUCUCUUUGGCUCCGGGGUCGCCUCCACCGUCGGGACACCCAAAGCCGCUGAAUCUGAAGAUGUAGACAUGCCAGAUGCGGACGGGAAGGAGGAAGCUGUCCCCACCACUGAGGGGACCCUGAUCUCGCGCGAAGAAGAGAUCGAGCGCCUGCGCACAAGCGGCAGCAUGACCCAGAACCCGACGGAGAUCCACCGCGUCCGCAACCUGACCAGGCUCCAGAUGGGGAAGUAUGAUAUCGAGCCGUGGUAUUUCUCGCCGUACCCGGAUUCCUUCUCGGAUGUGGAUCUGGUGUACAUCGACGAGUUCUGUUUGAGCUACUUCGAUAACCAGCGUGCGUUCGAACGACACCGCGCCAAGUGCACACUGCUCCAUCCGCCUGGAAACGAGAUCUACCGCGACGACUACAUCUCCUUCUUCGAAGUCGACGGCCGCCGCCAGCGCACCUGGUGCCGCAACCUGUGUCUUCUCAGCAAGCUGUUCCUGGACCACAAGACACUGUACUACGACGUCGACCCCUUCCUGUUCUACUGCAUGUGCACCCGCGACGAAACGGGCUGCCAUUUCGUCGGGUAUUUCUCCAAGGAAAAAGACUCGGCAGAGGGCUACAAUCUCGCCUGUAUCAUGACUCUCCCACAAUACCAGCGCCGCGGCUUCGGCCGUCUUCUCAUCUCCUUCAGCUACGAGCUCAGCAAACGAGAAGGCAAGCUUGGCUCACCCGAGAAACCGCUCAGUGAUCUGGGUUUAUUGGGGUAUCGACAGUACUGGCGUGAGACUCUCGUCGAGUUGCUCAUGGAGCCGGGGAGGGAAGCAAUGAGUGAGAACGAGCUGGCUGUUUUGACCUCCAUGACUGAGAAGGAUGUGCACGAGACACUGGUGGUCUGUAGCAUGCUUCGCUAUCACAAGGGGAACUGGGUCAUUGUUCUAACAGACUAUGUCGUCGAGGAACAUAAGAAGCGUCUUGAGAAGGAGAAGAUUAAGGGCGCGCGCAAGAUCGAUCCUGCCAAGUUGCAGUGGAAGCCGCCUGUUUUUACGGCUUCCAGCCGGACCUGGAAUUGGUGA